AUGAUGAUCUCGGACGCUCACAGACGUCUCACCAAGUACCAGGAGGUUAUUCAAGAAGAACAGCAGAAAUGGCGAACUAUACUGAGCGAACGACAGAUGGAACACCUGGAGGAUGCAGUAAGUAGACGUGCCAAAAAUGUCAAAAGAAAAAAGAAACUGGCACUCUCAAGAAAGCUCCAGAAGUUGGAUGAUCAUGAGCUAAUCGACGAAAAUGAAAACUGGGUCCGAAAUCUCUCCAAUCGCGUGAUCAAACAGGAUGAAAAACGAAUCCUCAUUAAAAGACUUGAAUCCAACGUCAGAAAUGCAACGAACAAGAAAUACUUGGCGGAACUGAAACAAACUCUCAAAUCGUCCAAGAUAUCUGAAGAUGCGAAACAAACCAUUCGACAAACAAUCUUCCCAGCUCAGCUGCGAUAA